AUGCGUUGGGUUUCCAUUCUUUCUACCGCUUUGCUCGUCGCUGGCGCGAGCGCGGUCCCUCAUGCCGGAAAGCACAGAAGAAUCUCUUCAUCUUCUGCUGCCAGCUCGGACCCAUCUUACUGGCUUGCUGAUAUCAAGCACCAGGGCAAUGCCCCUGCUGCUGCCAGCGGCUACAAGGUUUUCCGUAAUGUGUUGGACUAUGGUGCGACUGGUGACGGUACGACCGAUGACACUGAGGCCAUCAACAAGGCUAUUAGUGACGGUGACCGUACUGGCCCGGCUGCCAACCAGACCACCUCCACCACUCCUGCAAUCGUUUACUUCCCCGCUGGAACCUACUCGGUUUCCGCGCCGAUCGUUGACUUCUACUUCACCCAGCUCAUUGGAAACCCCAACAGCCCCGCCAUUCUCAAGGCCACUUCUAGCUUCACCGGCAUGGGUCUGAUCGAUGGUGACGAAUACGAGAAUGGAGCUGAGGGUUGGAUUUCUACCAACAUCUUCCUUCGCCAAGUCCGCAACCUGGUUAUCGAUCUGACUGCUAUUCCUGGAACGACCGCUGCCACUGGUAUUCACUGGCCUAGCUCCCAGGCUACCAGUGUCGAGAACGUCGUCAUCAACGUGAACGCUGAUGCUGACUCGCAGCACCAGGGUAUCUUCAUCGAAGACGGUUCUGGUGGAUGGAUGUCCGAUGUCACCGUCAACGGUGGUCUCUACGGAAUGAACAUUGGUAACCAACAGUUCACCUACCGUAACAUCACCAUCAACAACGCCGCCACUGCGAUCAGCCAGAUCUGGGACUGGGGCUGGACUUACAUUGGUCUCAACAUCCAGAACUGCACCACUGGUAUCAGCCUCCAGGGCGGUGUCAACCAGACAGUUGGUGGCCUUAACGUUAUCGACAGCACUAUCUCGAACACCAAGACCUUUGUCAACACUUCCUGGACCGACACUGCCACUCCCGCCAGCGCUGGUAACCUGAUCUUGGAGAACGUCGUUCUUGACAACGUGCCCACUGCUGUCCUGGGACCUAGCACUACCUACCUUGAGGGCGGGUCCACCACCAUUGCCUCGUUCGGCCAGGGCCACAAGUAUACCCCCACUGGCCCUGACACUCUUAAGGGUACUUUUGCUCCUGUUGCUCGCCCCAGCGGUCUUGUCGGCGGCUCCGGCUCCAACUACUUCACCAAGGGCAAGCCUCAGUACGCUAGCACCCCUGUUGACUCGGUUGUGAGCAUUCGCGACUCUGGCGCCAAGGGUGAUGGAACGACCGACGACACCGAGGCUAUCAACACUGCCCUCAAGUCUGCUGCCGGCAACGGAACUAUCAUUUUCUUUGACUACGGUAUCUACAAGGUCACCGACACUAUCUACAUUCCUCCCGGCGCCAAGGUGGUUGGUGAAUCUUACCCCAUCAUCGCUGCCAGUGGUGACGCCUUCUCCGAUGCCAGCAACCCUUACCCUGUUGUGCAGGUGGGCAAGUCUGGUGACAAGGGUACCAUCGAGUGGUCUGACAUGCGUGUCGGUACCAUUGGUGGCACUGCUGGUGCCGUUCUUAUUGAAUGGAACCUUAACGGUGAGCAGGGUUCUGGUAUGUGGGAUGUCCACACCCAGAUUGGUGGCUGGACUGGCUCCGAAUUGCAGGUUGAGCAGUGCCCUACUUCUGCCUCUCCUGCUGCUAAGUGCCAGGCCGCCUUCAUGUCGCUUCACAUCACCAAGGAUGCCCAGAACUUCUACUCGGAGAACGACUGGUUCUGGACUGCCGACCACGACGUUGAUGACCCAACAAACACCCGUGUGUCCAUCUUCACUGGCCGCGGUGUUCUUGUUGAGGGCACUAACAUUGCUAUGUGGGGAACUGGUUCCGAGCACCACGGUCUGUACCAAUUCCAGUUCGACGGUGCCACCAACGUUGUUGGUGGUUACUUCCAGACUGAGUCUCCUUACUACCAGCCUUCGCCCGACGCCACCUCUGGCCCGUACACCUCCGACACCAAGUGGAACGACCCUGACUUCAGCACCUGCCUGAAGGGUAACUGUGACGCUCUCGGUCUCCGUAUCGUCGACAGCUCCAGCCUCUCCCUGUACGGUGUUGGUCUGUACAGCUUCUUCAACGACUACGACACUAGCUGCUCUGACCUUGGUGGCUCUGCGGACUGCCAGAGCGAGGUUUUCCGUGUUGACAGCGGUGUUUCUGACUUGAAAGUCUACGGAUACAACACCGUUGGUGUGACCAACAUGAUCACUGUCAACGGAACGAGCGCGGCCGUGUACUCUGACAACCUCAGUGUCUUCCCUGCCUCGAUUGCUCUUUUCUCUACUUAA